CACCUCACGUAACCUGCCUAACUCCUGCACCUUCAGUCGCUCACUGAGCCGCUACGAGAGCCUCCUGCGGACAUCCAGCAACCCAGACAGCCUGCGCCCCCAGGACCACCGCUGAGCCUACCGCCUCUGGCACCUCGUCCGCAGCCAUGACCCGCUGGCCGACCCCAAGGAGGGGGGCAGCAAGAUGGUGUCAGAAAUCUACCUCACCCGGCUCCUGGCCACCAAGGGCACGUUGCAGAAGUUCGUGGACGACCCAGGAGCCAGUGCCCUGCCCCUGCCUAUCAAGUACAUGUUCGACUUCCUGGACGAGCAGGCAGAUCGGCGCCAGAUCGGUGACCCCGACGUGCGGCACACGUGGAAAAGCAACUGCCUGCCCCUGCGGUUCUGGGUGAACGUGAUUAAGAACCCGCAGUUCGUGUUCGACGUGCACAAGAGCAGCACCAUGGACGCGUGUCUCUCCGUUGUGGCCCAGACCUUCAUGGACUCGUGCUCCACGUCGCCCCAGCGCCUGGGCAAGGACUCGCCCUCCACCAAGCUCCUCUAUGCCAAGGACCUGCCCUGCUACCGCGGCUGGGUGGAGCGGUGAGCGGGACACGGCCAGGGGGGGCCCGGGCGCCGCCUCUCAGAGCUUGGAGCAUCCAGCAGGCCCCGCCCGCAGCCCCAUGCACCAGAACCAGGAGUCCUCGUGGGGGCAGGGAGCCCAGAGCCACAGGCCUGCCCUCCCCCCCACGUCCCCAGCCGCGCUCCAGCUGCC